CCUAAAUCUAGUUAUUACCUUGAUAUAAUAUAAAUUAACACACCAGUAUUUAUGAAGUUUUUAGAUAGGGCCAGGUUCCUAUUAAAUAUACUUUGGAUUGGCUCAGCCAUACCCCUAAUAUGUAUGGGCAUUUUGGAGCUGAGGUAUAACCAUGCCGAUGUAUGGGCACCGGUGACCGCUAUAUCCCUAUGUUUCGUAGGCAACGAGAAAGUCCCUGAUAAUUACACAUAUGCCCUAGGUAUUAUCAAUAGCAUUAGUGUGGGCGUGGAGUUCUUGAUAGCACUGACCACGUAUGCCGAUCCCGGGUGGACACGAUUUUAUCAAUUCAUACGUAAUUCACUUUUCAGACCCUUUGGGUUAUACACAGAUACGGGCGGCUAUGAGCCCAUUGCGUCAAUAUAA